AUGACGAAGACCAGCAGGCCACUGCUUGGUGCAGGAAGCGCCUUCGCGCAGAUCACAUACCAGAACCACUCCCAGACCAUCCUUCGCGUCGAUAAUGGAACUUAUGGUCCUGAGAUCGAGGAAGUGCACUACUAUUACGACCAAUGGCCGAUAGGCAUUGCAGUAGCAUCAGACGGACCUCUCUUCGCGACAUACACUCGGGGCGACUACGAAUACACACUCGGUGUGACUGUCAACAAGACGGCGGAAAAGCCAUACCCAUCGCCAGAACUCAACCUUCCACCAAGCCAGCUCAACACGACCUUGGGCGGCAUCCCAUUCGGCUCGAACAAUGCAUCGGCAUUCAUCAGCGUGCAAGCCGUCUACAUCACUUCGGAGACAGCCUCCAGACCUGAGACCCUGUGGGUGCUUGACACAGGCCGGCCGACCGUUUACAAUGCUCAGAAAGAGCCAUCGAUGCCUUAUGGGCAACCAGGUGGUCCCAAGCUAGUCGCAAUCAGCUUGGCUAACAACACCAUCUAUAAGACGUACACCUUCCCUCCGAACGUCCAUUAUCCCGACAGCUACCUCAACGAUCUACGAUUCGACUUCAACCCAGAUCUAUCUGGCACGACCGGCCAAGGCAUUGCCUACCUCGUCGAUAGCUCGAACGAAGGCCGUCCUGGCUUCAUCAUGGUCGAUCUCGGAUCAGGCAAGAGCUGGAGAAGGUUGAAUCAGGAUAGAUCCGUACUUCGAGGCAGAAAUGAUGUGCCGUCAUAUCAGGGACACCCGUUCUACCUGCGCAUGAGCGGCAUGCCCGUGCAAUGGCAGCUAGAAGGUCUCGAUGGCAUCCAGCUAAGUCCGGAUGGCAAGAGAAUGUACUACAGCCCCCUCUCCACAAAAGACCUCUGGUCCGUGCCGACUACGAACCUGCGCGUGGACGAUGCGGAUCCGCUGGCAGAAGUCCACGCAGUCGCGAACGUCUCUUUCCACGGCCAGCGUGGCGGUGAUGCCAACGGCUUUGAGGGAGAUAGCAAUGGGCUCAUCUAUCAGCUCAUGCCAGAGCAUAACGCAAUCUACUACUUCGAUCCCAACGACGGCUUGACACAUGGCUUCGUCCGCGAUCCACGAAUCAUCUGGCCAGAUGGCGCGAGCGUUGGGGCUGAUGGUUACAUCUACAUGAACAUCAAUCAGCUACCAUAUCAGCCAGACUGGAACUUCGGUGUCGAUUCGCGAGUCCAUCCCGGCGCGAUUUUGAGAGCGAAGCUACCGAAUGGUGGUACAAAGAUUACGAGUCUGUAUGAGUAUGGAGGCAGCAACAGCACGAUGGGAAGGUAG